AUGGCUCAACCAAGAACGAUGGAUAUGCCUGAUUUGUCCAAUGCAAUUGUUGCCCAAGAUGAAAUGGGUAGACCUUUUAUUAUUGUUAGAGAUCAAGGCAAUAAACAAAGACAACAUGGUUUAGAAGCCAAAAAGUCACAUAUUUUAGCUGCCAGAUCGGUUGCCUCUAUUAUUAAAACAUCCUUGGGGCCACGUGGUUUAGAUAAAAUCUUAAUCUCUCCAGAUGGUGAAAUUACGAUCACUAAUGAUGGUGCUACAAUUUUAUCACAAAUGGAAUUAGAAAAUGAAGUCGCAAAGCUUCUAGUCCAGUUAUCUAAAUCUCAAGAUGAUGAGAUUGGUGAUGGUACUACUGGUGUGGUAGUCUUGGCAAGUGCUUUAUUAGACCAAGCUCUAGAAUUAAUUGAAAAAGGUAUUCACCCAAUUAAGAUUGCUAAUGGUUUUGAUGAAGCUGCCAAAGUUGCUAUUCGUAAAUUAGAAGGUUCGACUGAUGAUGUUGCAUUAAACAAAUCAGAAUUCCAUGAGUAUCUAUUUAAAGCAGCAAAGACCUCAUUAGGUUCUAAAAUCGUUUCUAAAACUCAUGAUAAAUUUGCAAAUAUGGCCGUUGAUGCUGUUACUGCUGUUAUGGAUGAAGAAAGAAAAGAUGUACAAUUCGAUUUAAUCAAAUUAGAAGGUCGUGUUGGUGGCUCUUUAGAAGAAAGUAGUCUGAUUAAUGGUGUCAUAAUUGAUAAAGAUUUCUCACAUCCACAAAUGCCAAAACAAGUUUUACCAAAGGAGGGUGAAACUGGCGUUAAAGUUGCUAUUUUAACUUGCCCAUUUGAACCACCAAAACCAAAAACUAAGCAUAAGUUAGAUAUUUCAUCUGUUGAAGAAUACCAAAAAUUACAAAAUUAUGAACAGGAUAAAUUCAAAGAAAUGAUUCAAUAUGUCAAGGAUUCUGGCGCAGAUGUUGUUAUUUGUCAAUGGGGGUUUGAUGAUGAAGCUAAUCAUUUAUUAUUACAAAAUAAGUUACCGGCCGUUAGGUGGGUUGGUGGCCAAGAGUUAGAAUUAAUUGCCAUUGCUACUGAAGGCCGUAUAGUUCCAAGAUUCCAAGAUUUAUCAAAGGAAAAACUAGGUACCUGUAAAAGAGUUUAUGAAGUAGAAUUUGGUACUACUAGAGACCGCAUGCUAGUUGUUGAACAAGGAGCUACUAAUUCAAAAACUGUUACAUGUUUCAUUAGAGGCUCAAAUAAAAUGAUAGUAGAUGAAGCUAAGCGUGCUUUGCAUGACUCCUUAUGUGUUGUUCGUAAUUUAGUUAAAGAUUCUCGUGUUGUUUACGGUGGUGGUGCUGCAGAGGUUACUAUGUCCAUUGCAGUUUCUGAAGAAGCCGAUAGACAGAAGGGCAUUGACCAAUAUGCUUUCCGAGCCUUUGCUCAGGCAUUGGAUACUAUUCCAAUGACUCUAGCUGAAAACUCAGGGUUAGAUCCAAUCGAAACUCUAACAACUUUAAAGAGUAAGCAAAUCAAGGAGCACACUUCAGUUUUUGGGGUUGAUUGUCUAGGUAAAGGGUCGAAUAACAUGAAAGAGUUAUUUGUUGUAGACCCAUUUAUUGGUAAGAAACAACAGAUAUUAUUAGCUACUCAAUUGUGUAGAAUGAUAUUAAAGAUCGACAAUGUAAUUAUUAGUGGUAAAGAUGCAUACUAA